UCGGAACAGAGAGUGCCCACGAAGUUCUGGGGGGAGAGCAGUGGGAGUGUGGGGUGCGGAGGUUCGCCGAGGUUGUUGCCCUCUCUCGGCUGAUGCAGUCAGGGGCAGGUUGUAUCCACUUUAAAUAGGAACGCGGGACGGCCCCUGCAAACGUGUCAUUCACCACCGUGAAGGGACUGAGAGCAUCACUGGAGAGGGGCUCUGCUGGAUCACGGUUCCGUCCGCCCCAGCCCGCUGAUACAUUUCCAUCGUCGACCAUUUCCAGAAUCCAGCUUCCUACAACACCAUGGAGCACAUCAAUCAGGAGAUUGUCGGGAAUUCCCCGCAACCUGUUGCUGACACAUUUAAGGCCUCAGACCUUGAAGUUCAAAUGGCCGAAACUUUGGCAGAGAAGCCAGACAUUAACCAUUUAUCUUUUGGCACUGUGUUCACCGAUCACAUGCUCAUGAUUCACUGGACAUUAACUCGAGGCUGGGAGAAACCGCAGAUUAAACCCAUGCAGAACCUCUCGCUGCAUCCUGCAGUAUCGGCCCUCCAUUAUUCCGUGGAGCUGUUUGAGGGGCUGAAAGCAUUCCGAGGAGUGGACAACAAGAUUCGGCUGUUCCGCCCUAUGCUGAACAUGGACCGGAUGCUGAGAUCUACCAUCAGGGCCGCUCUGCCUACUUUUGAUCGGACUGAGCUGUUGGAAUGCAUCAAAAAGCUGGUGGAGCUGGAAAAAGAAUGGGUACCUUACUCCAAGGAUGAGAGUCUCUACAUUCGCCCAACUUUUAUAGGGACCGAGCCUUCCAUUGGUGUGAAGAAGGCCACCAAGGCCUUGCUCUACGUGAUCCUUUGUCCGGUCGGUCCUUACUUCGGCACGGAAAUCUUUAACGACGUGUCCCUGUGGGCGAACCCGAAGUACGUUCGAGCCUGGAGAGGAGGAACGGGUGACUGCAAACUCGGAGGAAAUUACGGAGGUUGUCUGUAUGCACAAUCUGAAGCUAUGAAGGCAGGUUGUCAACAAGUGUUAUGGCUCUAUGAAGAUGAUGAGAAGAUAACUGAAGCAGGAACAAUGAAUCUCUUUCUUUAUUGGAUCAAUGAGCAUGGAGAGGACGAGCUCGUGACAGCUCCACUGGAUGGCAUCAUAUUACCUGGAGUCAUAAGGCAAAGCAUUCUGGAUUUAUCACACAAGUGGAAUCUGUUCAAAGUUGAGGAGCGUCCAGUCACUAUGAGCCAGCUGGUCGAAGCACUGAAGGAAAACCGAGUCAAGGAGAUGUUUGGAUCAGGAACUGCUUGUGUUGUGUGCCCAGUGGGACGGAUCCUUUAUAAAGGAGAGAACCUGCACAUUCCAACCAUGGAAAAUGGAGCAAAGUUAGCAAAGCAGCUUAUUGACAGCCUGACUGAUAUACAAUAUGGACGCAAGGAAAGUGACUGGACCUGUGUGGUGGCUUGAAGCUUGGGACGUCAUCGCAAGCAGUCCGACUGAAGGCUUGAGCAGUUGGGCAAGUGCCAAAUCUCAAAAUAGCACCAACUCUCCUUCAGCGGCAUUAGACACAUGGUGACAUUUAGCAUGCAGUAGAAUAAAGCACAAAUAAUCUUGUAAUAUAAACCUGAUUUCCAGUUGUGUUCAACAGAACGCCACACCAGCAGUUUUAUAUCAGGCAGAGGCACUGGCAAGAACUGCCUUCUCAAUUCAGUUCCAUUUCAGUUCUGCUGAUGAGCUUCAGCACGUCCCCAUUCACACUUCUCUAGUGCAGUGACUCUGUGUGAUGUUGCCUCCUGAGUUACAACCGUGUCAUCGUCUUCAGCACACUACUAGUGUACCUUACACCCUUGAUGUAAGUUGCCUCCCUGAGCUUGUCUAUCAGACAACAAUAUUGUACAAAAAGAAUUUGUGUGCCAGCCUUUAUUAAUUGGGGUUAGUGAACCAUUCAAAUUGGGAGAUAAUUUCCGCUACCAAAGUAAUAGAGAUAAAGGUCAAGUAUUGAGAUAAAAUUCACAUUGUUUAUGCUUGUAAAAUCCUACAUUCCUCUGAAUCAUAUUGUAUUAGUGACACGUAUAAUGCGUUCCAAAAGUAAAACUGUAACAGUUGAAAAUGCCGGAUUUCUACAAACUACACGCCAAACUGAGAUUGAGUAGACAUCAUGUGAACAUUUGAUAAUUUAUACACAAGCUUUGGUAAAUUUCUGAUGUUGUUAGAUGCAAGAUAUACCAUGAAGUUGAGUUUUAAAAGGUAAGCUAUAAAUGAUUUGCUCAAUGUAUUUAUUCUCAAGUCUUUUGUUACCUUGCAAAGAUGAACGUGCAAAAUAGGAGAAUGUGCGUUAGAUUCUGCCUCUGUAGUUCACCCCAUUGACUUCAGUAGAAUGAACUUCGGAGGCCAAGUAGUAACGUGUUUAUCACUCCUCACAGGCAGUGAGUUCCUGGACAGGUGGGUUAUAACUGUUAAGGCAUGGCGGUGAUUGGAGUCACACAUGGUCUGAAUUAGAUUGCACAGAUGUCAAUAAUUUUUUUUAAAGUAUUUUGGAACCAAAUGGAGGUAAAUGGACUUGAAAUGCAGGGCAAAUGAUACAGUCUCCAAGGACCUGUUCCAUGUUAGCACGGUAGUGUAGCUGUUGGCGUAAUGCUAUUACAGAGUCAGCGACCCGGGUUCAAUUCCGGCCACGGUCUGUAAGGAGUUUGUACGUUCUCCCCGUGGGUUUCCUCUGGGUGCUCCGGUUUCCUCCCACACUCCAAAGACUUACAGAUUAUGAAGUUGUGGGCAUGCCAUGUUGGCGCCAGAAGUAUGGCAACACUUGUGGGCUGCCCCCAGAACACUCUAUGCAAAAGAUGCAUUUCACUGUGUGUUUCAAUGUACAUGUGACUAAUAAAGAUAUCUUAGCCCGUUAGGUUUAUAUAACAGCCAAGCCCGCAGAUUUUAACUGAAUUCAGUUUCACCAAGUGAUUUAAUGGAAUUUGAACUCAUGGCUUCAGGAUUGCUAGUCCACUAUCCUUGUGUACAGUUGUAACAUAAUUUAAAUGAUGUCCUUUCUAACUUCAGCUUAGCUUGAGAGGGUGAUUGUGGUGUAUGGUCUGGACUGAGUCAUUUGAUAGAAGAAUACGACAGGCUGUUGUGAGGGAGUACUGUCAUACCACACUGUCACAGAACCAGUAAAUUGUUGUUCCUUUACACAGAUCACAGGACUCCUCAUUACAUACUGUAUAUAUGUAUUUAUGUACAAAUACUAAUAUAUAGACAGAAACUGUCAAGGCUUGGCAGCCAGUCUCAAAGCUUCGGUGAUGUGGUUACAGCCCAGAAUCAGGACAGUUUUUUGACUGAGUUGUUGAACCGAGACAAUGAAAAGCAAAAACAAAACUGCAGCUGCUGAAAAUCUAAAAUUAUUAGGAAAGGUUUAGAGGGAUAUGUGCCAAAUGCAGCAAUUGGGACGAGCUCAGAUGGGAAUCUUGUUCGGCAUGGACGGGUUGGUUGUUGUGUGGAUCUAUGAAUCUUUGAAGCCAGAAAACACUGGAAACACACAGCAGGUCAGACAGCAUCUGUGGAGAGGGUAACAGCUUUGACAAUUCUUUCACGACGAUCGUUGUGUUUCUGCCUCCACAGACGCUGCCUGGUAUUUCCAGGAAACCUGUAUAUGUUCCAUCAAAUGUGGUUAAAAGAUGUCACAGUACAAUUUCAAAACACCUGUCUGCUUCCCCACCAAUAUAUAGCCUGUGACUGACAUCUCUAAAGCAGAUGGCCUGGGUUUUUGCCUCAUCACUGCUUGUGGUGUCUAGCUGUGGGCAAACUGUGUUUCCCUACAUUGCGCCAGUGACCAUAAUGAAGGACAUCGUUGGCUUCGAAGUGUUUGGGGACUUGCAUUUAUGCAGUGAGAACGCUGUGUAAAUUCAGGUUCUAUUUUCUAUCUGAGACCAGUGUUUAAAAGGAACAAUUCCUUGUGCUCAUGGUGAGUUCUUGAAGAUUCUGCACCAUGCCUAUGUAACAAAUUAUUUUGUGUGGUGCUGAAAAGUGUGCAGUGUUUUUGUGUGAGUUGUACUCUUGUUUCUCUUCCUGCCCACAGAAUUAGCUCAAUAAAAUAUUUGUGGUGGAA